GUCAAUGCUUUCGAAUAAAAACUUCAGGAUUACUGUGUUUGCGUAAUUUGUAUGCAAAAAAGUAAAAUUAAAUAUAAAAUUAUAUUUUAAAAAAUAAUAGACAAGUGUUUAUAUAUAGCAGCCUUAAAAAUGAUAAAUAUAUUUAAAAAUUUAAUAUACAAAAAAUCCGGGGAACCAGUUGUCAAAGUUGAAAAAAAUGAUUCUCAGGACUCAGGGAUUGAUGAUAUAAUUAUACAUGAUGAUAAUAAUAUAUCAAACAAUGUUGAUUCUAGUAAUAAACUUAAUGCUGUUGAUUUGAUUGAAUUAAUAAGUGAUGAUGAAGAUGAUGCCAAUGAUUUGGUAUCAAUUAUCGAAAUCCAAGAUGAUGAAGUCCCUGUCAAGAGUAUUUCUCAAACUGGAAUUACGGAAGUCAAUAAAUUAUCAAACUCGGAUGAUAAUACGGCCAUAAAAAAUAAUUCACUACCUUUGAAUAAUAAAGAAGUUAAUGGUGAAUUAAAUGAUGAUAAUAUGAACUUAGUGCACCAAAACUCUUCUUCGAUUUCAGAUUUAAUGCUGCAAUUACCUGAUAAGAAUUUAGUCUACCAGGAAAAUGAAUUAAGCAGUGAAUCUUCGACUGCAGAAACAGAUUGCCAGAAAGAAAUUAUAAAUAAUAGUAAUUUGGUAAUAAGUAUGAUUACUGAUAAUGAAAAAGAAGAUGUGAGCAAUAAAAAUUCAACGGAAAGGAGUUUGAUGAUUGUUGGAAAUGAAAAAACGAGCGUCAUUCAACAUCAAGUAUUGACAAAUACGACUAUUGCUACAACUCAGCAAAGUCAUUAUUAUGUCUUCAACAAAGCACAAGUUCUUAAGCCAAUCCAACAUGAAUCUCCAAUUUCCCCAAGUGAAAAUUCUCAAAAUAAUAAAGUUGUAAUGUUCGUUACUCCCAGAAGAAAAAAAAAUCAAAAUGUAUCUUCAGAUGCUGAAAAUAAUUCAAUUUCACAAAAUUAUUUAUUAAAUCCAGUCCAUGUUGUUUCUUCAACGCCGGUUCUUGCAUCACAAAAUAAAAAAUUAAUCAAAGUUCCAUUGAAAUUAAAUCACAAUAGUUUAAAACUUGGUGGUAGAACGUUACUGCCACUGAAAAAAAUAUUUUUAAAUACUCAGCCAUCAUCGAAACCAACAGAAAAAAAUUCUAAUGAUAAAACUACAGAGACUGCACCCACCCCUUCUGUUCCUACUCCAUCUUCUUGUUCAGAAAGCGGAACUUCAAAUGCAAAAUCGAAAGAAUCAUCAGUAGAAAAUAAUACAGAGGCUGUUACUCCGAAUCUUCCAGCGACUGCUGACUCUCAGUCAAAUAUUUCUGUGGCUAAAGAGUCGGCAAGUAUUACAUCGAAUAAAGAAAAUAUUACAGGUGAUACUUGUACUGUACCUUCUAAUCCUCAGGCAUCUGCUCCUGUGGCUGAAAAAUCAAACCCAAGACCAACGACAUCUUCAAAAGAAGUCCAGGUGGAUCAAGAUUCGUCACCGAAGAAUCUGAAACGUAAAAUUACUGAUGACAGUUCAGCAACUGCGUCUUGUUCUCGUUGUCAAGAAGCUCCUCCAGCUAAAAAACAAAAGACACAGUCAUCAAAAGAGAACUCGGAAAGUGAUGCUGCCAUCAAUACUGAAGUAGGUUCUGACGUAAUCAUACGCUUGGACGGAAAGUCAGCAAAUAAAAUUGAAAUAUCAAAUGAAUCAUUGGAAAAUGGCCAACAGCGACAAGUUAUAAGCCAAUUUUUUAAUGAAAUAAAUUCUGUUGUUAUUUUACAACCACCAUCGGCAUCACAAUCAAUAAUAAGGAUAAUUAAUAAACCGUUCUGUCACAAUAAUCAGAAGUCUACGGUUAAUACGUCACCGGAAGUUAUUGAUUGUGUUAAUGAGACUCCAAAUGAUAAUCAAACGUCAAAUAAUAAUAAUAAUAAUAAUAAUAAUAUUAAUAAAGAUUCAAAUAAUAGUGAGAAUUCAAAUAACCAAAAGACAAAUAACAACAAUGAAAUGUUAAAAAAUAAUGAGAAGUCUAGAGAAAAUCCUAAUAAUAAAAAUACUAAUGAUAGUGAAAGGCUUCAGAAUAAAACUUUGAAUACUAGCGCGAACCCUGAUAAUGAAACUUUAAAUAACAGCAAAAGGCCGGAUAAUGAAACUUCAAACAACAAUCAAUCUUCUGGUAUUAAUAAUCAAUCGACUAACAAUGAAAGAUUAAACACCAAUUUGAAUUCGAAUGUUAGUGAGAAUUCAAAUAAUUUAAAAAAUUUGAAUGCGAAUGUAAAGAUUCAAAAAAAUGAAUCAACUCCAAGCUCUGCAAUACCCUUACAAAAAACCGUAAAACCGGAAGUUAAUUUUGCUGGGACAUUAUCUCCUUCCGGUUGGUUACAAUACGGCACUCGUUUACUCAACAGAACUGAUAAAAUUUGUUUUACUGGUGAAAUUGAUGAAGAACGUCAGACGGCAAUAGAAAAACUCGGAGGACAAAUUACAGAUGAUCCAUUAGUUGCCACUGUUUUGGUCGCUGACAAAUUUCGAAGAACAUUUAAAUUUAUUUGUGCAAUCUGCAGAUCCAUUCCUAUCGUCGCGACUCAGUGGAUCAAUGAUAGCAUUGAUAAAAAUGGUUUUGUUAACCCACAUGAGUAUAUAUUGAAAGACGUACAAUCUGAGAAGAAUUAUGAAUUUCAACUCAGUGAAAGUCUUAUGAAAGCAAGAAAAAAACAGCUUUUAAAUGACUACACUAUUGUUAUUACACCGAGCGUUAAUCGUCCAAGUGUUAAUGAAUUAAAAAGUAUUAUUAAAUUAGCUGGAGGUCGUGGGUUAGUAAGAGCUCCGAAAUACUGGGGACCCAAAUCCAUGAUAAUAAGCUGUGAUGAAGAUGCUUCGAAAGUACGAAAAAUACUGGAAAAAAAACCGCAAAAUAUUUUGUGUCCCGUCGUAACGACAGACUUUAUUUUGUCCAGUUUACUGCGGCAAGAACUGCAAAUUAAUACUCAAAACCUCAAAGUUGAAAUGAAAUUUUAAAUUUUAUUUAUUGUUAUUUUAAAUUACUAGUAAUAUUUAUUUUUAAUUAAUUAUUCAUUUUAAAAAAGUUUAAUUAAUAUCUAAAACCAAACCAUUUACGAAUUCAAAUAAAUGCGUGAUUAUAUUCAUAUUUUUUUGGGUUCUACUGCAGUUUCUACAUCAGAUUUUGAUUACCAAAAAGAUUUCUUCAGGUUUUUUUUAAUAUUUGAAUUUUUUUAAUCGGAUCUAGUAUUCUGUGGUCUAAUAAAAUAACUAAAAAUUAAAAACAUUAAGAGCCAGUUUUACUAAUCUGGAUAAAAAUUAACCCAGUUUGAAAAACUGGCGCUAAAUUUCUAGUUGAUUUUUAUAUAUUUAAUAUGUUUUUUCAGUUAAAAAAAUAUAUCGAAUCAAUAAUAAUUUGAACAAAAAAAGUUUGUUCAUAUUCAAAGAAACAGAAUUGUAAAGUUUGUAAUGAUAAAUUUAUUGAAUCACAGAUAAGAUAACAGACCCAGUAGCCUAUCAGGGAACUAGUACUCGAUAAAUCAUAUAUUUGUAUAUUUAUAUUUAAAUUCUAAAUUUCAAAUAUAUAUAUUUUAAUGAGUGUGAAUAUAGCAAACAUCAGACAAAUUUUAAAUUAUAAAUAA